AGCAAAGAAGAGCUCGGAGGAUUGAACUGCACAGCCAGACGCAGACUCUCAGCCAAGUUGUCAGCACGCUGGGAAGAAGAGAGGCUCACACACACGAGAUUGCAGGGUGUCCGCAGCUUGAUAUUCAUUUGUUUCCAGAAAGGAGGAAAGGAGAGGGGACAAGAAAAAAAAGAACAACCCCAAACAGAAAAGGGGCAAGGAGCCUGAUCCCGUCCAGCAGUCCCAGGGUGAAUAAUGGAUGUGACCAUAUCUCAGUUCAUCUUAGAAGAAUUUGAUGUCAACUGCAGCCUCCUGGAUCAUUUACAAGAGACUUUUUUAGAGAGUUCCUCUAUCCCUUUCCUGGGCUUUGAUGGUCUGUACUGCAAUGCCACCACUGAUCAGAUUGGGACCUGCUGGCCCAGAACCUCUGCAGGGGAACUAGUAGAGAGACCCUGCCCAGAGUUCUUCAAUGGGAUCAAAUACAACACCACAAGAAAUGCCUACAGAGAAUGCUUGGGCAAUGGGACAUGGGCUUCCAAGAUAAACUACUCUCAGUGUGAGCCUAUUCUGGAUGACAAGAGGAAGUAUGCGCUCCAUUACAAGAUUGCUCUCAUCAUAAACUACCUGGGGCACUGUAUAUCAGUAGGGGCCCUUAUAGUUGCCUUUAUGCUUUUCUUGUGCUUGAGGAGUAUCAGAUGCCUGCGGAAUAUUAUCCACUGGAACUUGAUCACCACGUUCAUCCUGAGGAAUGUGAUGUGGUUUCUGCUUCAAAUGAUAGAUCACAACAUACAUGAAAGCAACGAACCCUGGUGUCGAUGUAUUACCACUGUCUACAAUUAUUUUGUGGUGACCAACUUUUUCUGGAUGUUUGUGGAAGGCUGCUACUUACACACUGCUAUAGUGAUGACUUACUCCACAGACAAGCUACGGAAAUGGGUCUUUCUCUUCAUAGGAUGGUGUAUUCCUUGCCCUAUCAUCAUUGCCUGGGCCAUUGGCAAGCUGUAUUAUGAAAAUGAACAAUGCUGGUUUGGAAAAGAACCAGGGAAAUAUAUCGACUACAUAUAUCAAGGGCCAGUGAUUCUUGUUCUUCUGAUAAAUUUUGUAUUUCUAUUUAAUAUAGUUAGGAUUUUAAUGACAAAGCUGAGAGCUUCAACCACUUCAGAGACAAUACAGUACAGGAAGGCAGUCAAGGCAACGUUAGUUCUUCUGCCUCUGCUAGGCAUCACCUACAUGCUUUUCUUUGUCAACCCUGGUGAAGAUGACAUUUCCCAGAUUGUUUUCAUCUAUUUCAAUUCCUUCCUGCAAUCUUUUCAGGGUUUCUUUGUGUCAGUAUUUUACUGUUUUUUGAAUGGUGAGGUCCGUUCUGCUGCCAGAAAAAGAUGGCAUCGCUGGCAAGACCAUCACUCCCUCCGAGUGCGUGUGGCACGAGCCAUGUCUAUCCCCACCUCUCCAACACGAAUCAGCUUCCAUAGCAUCAAACAGACCGCAGCCGUGUGAUAUGCCCUCAGAUACAUGUGCACCUGGUGGCCUUCAGGGUUCUUCUUUCUUCACUCUUCCCAAGCCCCCCUCUUCAAACUUUCUUCCUUUAUUCUUCACUGAUCUCUCCUGCAAUGAGAUGCCCAUCAUACUUCUGUGGACUCUCAUCUCCUGUAUUUAUGAUGCUGCUUUAAGGCAACGGGGCAAAGGCCUCCUGAAGUAGGUGGUGGUGAAGCAGUUUCAAAGAAGAAAGAGAUUCAACACUGACUGCACCUUGUGGAAGUUCACAGUACAAAGUCUAAAACAGCACACUGGCUGGAACGAUACAUUUUUUCACCCUUUUUUUUGUUUGUUUGUUUGUUUUUCCCUUCCGUAUUGUGGUGAACAAGAACUGUUUUUAAAAUACUGCCCAUCUCACCCUGUACAUUGAUUCCCAAUGAUUUCAACAUUUUGUGUAUAGAUAGCCCAUGCCUUUCUUGUUUCUUUGUAAAAAUUACUUCUCUGCAAAACUGUCAUUUGAGAACACGUGGCAGCAAGAAAAAGAGCAUCUGCAAGGUGGUGUGAAAAACCCGAAUUUAUCUACCUUCCUCAUUUCUCCCUUUGAUAGACUGGGAGUUGUCCAGGGCAUCACUGGAUUGUUUAACACAGGGCACUUUGCCUUGCAAAAACCACGCUCUGUUUGUACAGAGAAUUUCAAAAAGGACAGCAAUAUCUUUAGAUAGCUCUAUAAAAUAUUCUUAUUCCUCUUAGCCACAUGCUUUCAACACAAUGUAAGUAGUCUUUGGACAGUCUUUGUGUUUUUUCAGCUAAGAGGAUUGGGGUGAGGAAGGACAACAGGACAUGUUUUUUGGGUUUUGAAAAUAUAAAAGGGAAGCGUUGUAAAAAUAAUGAGGAGAGGAUGUUUGCAUUAUGAGGAUAGUGCUACAUGCUGCACCAAGAUUAUCUACUGAGCAUUUUGAAGUAGAGCAGAUGUAUCUACUAGGCUUUUUAUGUGAUGUUCAAAAAUACUGUAUAUUUUCAGUAAUAAACACUACUCUGGGUUGGUUUCAAUAAAACAAGUUAUCAUUUUCUUUACUCUGGAAAGGAAGAGGAGACCUACCUUGAGAAUGGUUUUGUAUUUAAAAUGAGGGAAAGAAAUCCUGUGUAAUAGUGAGCCAAGAGCAACCUCAUGAUAAAAUCUGAGCACGAGGGGAUAUAAUGAUACCUCCUUUCUCAUCUCAUGGUGUUACACUGAAUCUCUGUCCCUCUCUGCGCCCCUUCUCUCCACUGGGUUUUGCAACAGCAGAAAACAAAAAACAAGCUGUGUAAUAUGUUGUCACCUGUAUCUUACCAGUGAUGGAGUAAUUUGCUCUUUCCCCUUUAGCAUGCUUAUUCUGAACUUUCUUCACAUGUUUUAUUAGAGGGCUUUCCAGCAGAUUUAAAUAGAUUUCUCGCUAGCUUUUAGAAGGAGUAUGUGGGGCUGGAAAAUAUCUUGGAAAACACUGUUGUUAAUGCCCUGAUUUUGGAGGCAUCCUGUCCUAACAGCUCAAUCACUUUCAGCUUUGAACUGAUAGGCAAUGCACAGCAAACUUCAUAGAAUCGUAAGAUCCUAGAAUGGUUUGUGUUAGAAGGGACCUCAAAGCUCAUCUGGUUCCAACCCCCUGCCAUGGGCCAGGACACCUUCCACUAGACCAGGUUGCUCCAAGCUCCAAAAAUCCAAUCGAAGCUAUUCUGCCUCAACAAAUUAAAAUUUUGUCAUAUUUGCCCCUCCUAACUCUCAUUUGGAUUUAUGUGCCUCAGUGAGGUAACUGAGGGAGGAGGGAGAAGGGAGAUUUGAGAUUCUGUCUUGUUAGAUCUAUCAUCUCUGCCAAAGAGGAGGAGCAGGGAAAAGUCUUUGCAUAGCCUUCCAUGUGGCAUGCCAACUAGCAUAAUAGAUCUCAGUGUGGUGGAGAUACAACUAAGACUGGAAUUGUGCCUGCCUAUGCCACUCACUCCUGUCAAUGCCCUUAGUUCUGCAAACCUUCAGCUGGGAAACAAAAGUGCCUGAUGAGAGAGGACUGUCUCAGUGCUUUUAUUCAUUUUGUAUGAAUCACCAUAGCAAUGCACGAUCUCCUGGCAUUUGUGUUUGAAGGGGCAGAUAUACAUAUAUACAGGUUAGAAAUAUGUGGAUUGAGUACCUCUGCAUUUGCUCUGUCUCUAGGCCAGUUUGAAGUGAAAAAGGGAUUUGCAAUACAAGAGAAAUUGCAGAUUAUUGUUGCU